GGUAAUUAAACAAAUAAAGAGCUUGUUCAACAUAUAAAUAUUGCGGCAAGUUGUUGACAGUUUUUUAAAUGUGGAGACGCUUUACGCUAUGUUCUACGUCCACUAGAUUUGCUAGAGCCAUGAUACUUUGCGCAUGACACCAUCCUUGGCGACAGGAUUAGUCUCAUAUGAAUACGUGUAAUCCAUUACGCAGUUUAACCGCCCUACCGCAAAUCCCAUCUCUAUAGUAUUCAGCAUAACAUAAAAUAACACAACCUCACUUUUCAGUCAAUAACAAGAGAUGUAGUUCCUAGUCUCUUCAGUGUUUGUUUUGUUUGUACAGAUGUUUAGAACGUGAUAAUGUGAGCAUAUGUCUUUUUUUAAUUCAUGUUAAUUCACAAAAACUUCAACCAGCAAGUUGAGAAUAUUUUAUUAAAAAUGACCAAAAGAAAAUCAACCGACAAAACUCCUGAGGGCCCGUCGAAAAGGCCAAAUACCGGUCAUUGGUCUGGGGGCCUAGUAGCAGCUACUGAAGACCCAAAACUAGUUGUUUCAAGUGACAAUCUUAUAACAGUUAUCAAAGAUGGUUAUCCCAAAGCCAAACAUCACUACCUAGUUUUACCGAAGGAAAAUAUAUCUAGCAUAAAAUCGAUAACAAAAGAUCAUUUGGAUUUACUGAAACACAUGGACAAAGUGGGUAGAGAACUGAUCCAAGAUGUAGGUUUUAAAAUUGGAUAUCAUGCAGAGCCUAGCAUGCAGAGGUUACAUCUACAUGUUAUCAGUGAUGAUAUGGAUUCUCCCUGUGUGAAAACGAAGAAACAUUGGAAUAGUUUUACAACAGAAUUUUUCAUUGAUUCUAAAGGAAGGAUGCCACUUCAUGAUUUUAGACUAAGUAUUAUAAAAACACUUGUGCCAGGGAAGGUAGAGAAAAAUCAAGGACUCCGAGAAGAAGAUGUAAAUCCCGCGCUGCCCAAGGUAAACGUGCAGAAACAUUAUACGAGUGCCGAGACUGUCCAGAUACUCCAGGGUCCUGCUUGAAUUGUUGCACUAUCUACCAUAAGUAAAGUGAGACAAGCUUCUGUUUUUUAUUUUCCUAAUUAUCGCUAUGUAUUUCUUUUAUAUCAUUAGAAGAUACAACAGUUCUUGACUUGGGAUUUUUUUAAUAAAGUUGCGAUAUCCUGGCCUGUGAAAUUAUUAUGUAGAUUAUAUUCAUUUUUGAUUAGACUUUAGUUAGUAUUAUGUUAGCUAUUUUUUAUAUAGUUUCGUUAUAUUAUUUGAAAAUUCCACUUUUAAUGUAUUUUCUUUUUGUUUAUAAAGAAUAAUUUAGAUUUUCUGUUAUAUGCAUGUAUUUCAUUAUUAUAUAUAUUAUAUAUAAGAUUUUGUUCGGUUCUACUUUCAAACUUUUUUCAUUCCCUAC